ACUAGCUGUAAACGAACAAUUUGUUGAUCCAAACAGUGUCCUUGUGCUAUCAGAAAGAGACACAAUUGCAGUAAUACCACCACUCAGUGGAGGAUAACAUGGAGACAUCAAAGAAUUUUAUCAAGUUACAAAAAGAAGAAUUAAAUGUUGUAGAAAUUAUGGAACUAGUUACAUUUCCUAAUUGUGGAGCAAUAUCUAACUUUAUUGGAAUCACUCGAGAUAAUUUUGAAAAUAAAACGGUAAUAAAGCUAGAAUAUGAAGCUUAUGAAUCAAUGGCCUUAAACGAAAUGUCCAAUAUAUGUACUAAAAUUCGUUCACAAUGGAAUGUAGAAGGCAUAGCUAUAUAUCAUCGUAUCGGCGAAGUACCCAUAUCCAAAGCGAGUGUUGUGAUAGCAAUUUCCUCUCCUCAUAGAGAGGAAUCAUUGAAAGCGGUGGAAUAUGCUAUCAAUACGUUGAAAGCAUCGGUACCGAUUUGGAAGAAGGAAGUAUAUGAAACAGGAGACCCACAGUGGAAGAAAAACAAAGAAUGUACAUGGACAAAUAAGGCGGAAAACGUCGUUGAAGCAGCUGCAGCUUCGGAGAGGAAAAAUUUACAGAUAGCUACAGAGAUAAAUGAGCAAAUAUCAGAUAAGAUUGCCAUCGAUCCAAAUCUCGUACAGAUUCAAGCGAACUCAGGGGAAUUAAAUCGUAGGAUAAAGUCAUUCAUUGAAAGAAAACGUCAGCAAGUUAAUGCUAUCAAUGUGCAAGAAUUUUGCUGCCACAGUAUUUGUAGCGAAAGCAAUGACGAUAACGAAAGCUCUUGCGCAAGAGUAGAUGCUAUUCUCAUUCGACGCAAAGAUUCUAAAAGUCAUGUGAAAGUUCACAAGGUAUUAAACACGUGGGGACCUCAAACAGUUGAUCAGUUAGUCUUACGUAAAACAAUUACGAAUAAUACAAGUACUGCUACUUGCUAUCCUUUGCUGGAAGACAGAAUUUCUACAACAGAACGUACAAUAGGAAUUAAUAAACCUGUGCCCAAAGAUAUUUACGAAAGAUUGAAGAAUAUUGAAGAUAGAGUAUUAUAUUUAGAAAGCAUAUCACCGGAAUACAAGGACUUUUGGGCAAUAGAGAACAUCGAUAACUUGAGAGGCACUACAAAAUCUGUCUGGAAACGAGCACAUUCGACAGCAGAACUCGAUUUUAAAUUAUACGAGCUGGAAGGCAAAUAUAUUAAGAAAAUCAAACAAUGAUCGUAUAAUUUGAAUAAAUUCAACAUUUUACAUAUGCACAUUCCAUGUUUAUUAUUGAUCGAGUUUAAUUUUUUUACAAAUAUGUAUGUUUAUACACAUAUAAUAAUCUAGUACUUAUUAUAUAUUAAUAUUCUUUUCUAUUGGGUGUAGAAAUUAAUUCUUUCUAUCGCGAUGGCAAAUUUUUUUUGCCAUGUAGGUUCAUUGUACAUUCUACGAUGUCUUUGUAUUUUUUUAUUAUUUCUAUUAAAAUUAAUAUUUCCUCCGGAGUAAAAUUAAUAUUUCUUUCCCUCUGCAAUCCUGCCAUUCGUAGUAUAUUUGCAAAUAUAAUUAUUAUUAAACUUGAAGUUCAGGCUCGCAAAUUUUUAAUCAAUGAAAUAGCAGGAGGAUCUCAAGCCAAGAAGAUAAUAAUUCUUAAAAUCUUUUAUUGUACCAAUUGUACCAAAUUUCGUAAGUAGCAAACUUUUCGGCUAAUCAUUUAGCUAUCUUCAGUGCUACCUUAACAAAUCUAAAUAAUUAUAUACAAAUCUAAAUAAUUAUAUAUGUUAGAAAUUUGUUUCGCAAGCUACUUGAAAGAUCAUCAACAAUAAUGGAGAAUAUUUCGAUGAUUGUAUUCUUUUUUUCUAAAGUUUUGACUUCAUCGAAAAUUGGAAAGAAUUUAUUUCUACGCUUAAUACAGGAAUUUCGAUAUUUUAAUACAAAACAAAAAGAAUCUAGAUAUAUAUUGAUGAGAUUACAGACAUUUAUACAAGUACUUAUGUACAUAGAUACUAAAUUCAGAAUCGUACUCCGAAUGCUGUCAGUUACAAUAUAAAAUGAUAAGUAAAUUUGUUUAAUUGUAUAGAUAAUGUUUUAUCAGCUGAGAAUAUUUAAUCUUUUGAUUCAUAAAUCAUGUGAUGUCUUAUUUUAGUACUGAAAUAAUUUUUUCUUUUU